AACAUUGAAGGCCUGUACGAUCACCAUCACUCGUUUUUAUCAUUUUCUCGUUUCCAUAGCGAGAAAAAGAACCCAAAACCCUCUCCUUAUUACACAUCAUAAAAAUAUCCCUUUCUCUUUCUCUCUCUUCGUUUCCCUCGCUCUUUUCUUUCACUGACUUCGUUUUUUCUUCGAUUCACCGGAACCCUAACUCAAUCCGCCGGAGAAUUCAAGAUUCCGUUUGGUUCCUUCUUGUUGUUGUUGUUGGUGUUAUGGUCUGGUUAAAGUGGCGUUGCGUGAAUUGGAGUUUUGUGGUGCAGUAGAUGACCGUACGAUUAGGGAGGAGCUGAGAUCAAACGGCCUGGGAUUUCAUCAACGGAUGGAGGGAGGUAGCAUCUCUAGACUUACUUGCUCUGGAAUACACCCAUGGAUUAUGAUGACAAUGAUUUCCAAAGCCAGAAUCUUCAUUUAGCUGGUGAAGGGAACAAUAAAUUUCCUCCUGUUCCAUAUUCUCUCCCAAGAUUUGAUUUUGAUGAUAAUCUUCAUGGGCAGUUAAGAUUUGAUAGUUUGGCUGAAACUGAAGUUUUUCUGGGCAUUGAAAGUAGCGAAGAUAAUCAGUGGAUUGAAGAUUUUUCACGGGGGAGUACUGGGAUUGCAUUUAGUUCAAGUGCAGCAGAACCUUGUUCAAUUUCUAGGGGCAACAAUGUAUGGUCUGAGGCAGCCUCCUCAGAAUCUGUUGAAAUGCUAUUAAAAUCUGUCGGACAGGAAGAAACUAUUCCUUGUCAAACAAUUACUAAGGAUUCUGAUGCCUGUGAUGAACUGGGCUGCAUAAUAUAUCAGAUGGAGCCUAGUUUGAAACACGAAGAUAGUGCUCUUUCUAAAGUAGGGGAUAACUUACAGCCUACCUUACAGACAGGUGAGGUUCCAGUGAAAUUUUCUGGGUUGGAAGUUGACGUAGGAGGAGAUCAUCGGCUGGUUGAAGAUGUUUCUCAGACACUUGAAUUUGUCCCAUCUGUUGAUGGGGUAUUCAAAGAUCCAAAUACCAGAAAUAGUGACUUACCUGUAACUCAGAGAGACAAGUCUAAAGAUGGUGAACAAGUUGUUGAUGAUAAUCUAGUGGAAGCUUCAACUGGUCAAUCUGUGGAUAACAGGGAACAAGAUAACUUUGCUUCUGGGUCACAAGUUGAUACUGUGAUUCCUGCUGUGCGAAACACCUCUGCAAGUAGUGCUUUGAUAGCUAGUCAAGAUACCACACAUUUGAAAAAUGAUGUCAUUGAUGAAAAUGUGGACAGUUUAGAGAGGGAAAAUGUUGAUUUGAGCCAAGCAGUUCACAUUGAUGCUGAGAACUUGAUUGAAAAUGCAGUUGCAAGCAUUACCUCGCAGGCACAGAAGCAGUCACCCUUGGACAUGCAACCUAAGGAAGGUGGACGUGCUAUUGGAAAUAGCACAGCUACUGUGGGUGAGCCUUUUGAUGGGAUAUUGAAAGGGAAAUCUGACCUCCACACGGUGGAAGGGUGCAGUGAGGGCUUGGGUUUAGAAAUCCCUCUGCAGACUGGCAUAUCCAAAGACAUUGUUUUGUGUGAAGGAAAUUUACAUGACAUAUCACCAAUGCCUUUUGAUGGUAAUACCAACCUCAAGGAGCAUGAAGUUGAGAUCAGCAAUACUGAUAUUAGAAUUUGUACGAGCCUAGAGUCAAAGAUGGAAUCAAUGGUGCAUGUAGCUUGUGAUGCUGUUGAGAAGAAGAAUUUGACAGGAAGUGUUUGCCACCCUGAUAUGAAAAUCUUGAGCAGCAAGUCUGAGAAAUCUUUGUUGUUAGCGGAAGAUGGUAAAAGUUUUAAGGAUGAAGGUGAAGGUGCCAGCAAUACUUUGGAAGCAGAAACUGUGAGAGUAUGUGAAGAAUAUAUAGUCACUGAACGUCAUGAUGAUUAUAAAUGUGAUCAGAGUGUUUCAGCUGCUGCAAAGCAGAACACCAAAUUGCCUUCUGAUUGUAGUAACACAGUUUGUGGGUAUGAUAGAUCUCCACUUGUAAUAAAGGGGGUUGAUUCCUCAUCCUUUGCCAUGGGUGGCACUGUAAAUGAGUUAGCUUCAAAUUUACAAUCUGAUGUUGCUGUCAGUGGCAAGUCAAUGGAUUGUGUUCCUUUGCCUUUUGGUAAGGGUCUUCCUGUUGAUGCUGUUUUUGAUCAGAAAGAGGUUCAAGUGUCAUCCUCAGAAGCAAGUUUUUCAAUCAUGAAGACUUCAGAAGCACCUUGCAAGACCAUUGGACAGUUCUCUUCUAAGAAAGUUGAUCAGUCCUUGUCAAUGGAGGAUACCUCUAAUGCUGAGGGCCAAAUUGGAGACCAGACACUUCGUAGAGUCACACUGGAGGUUGUAAAGGAUAUGCAAGCAUCAUCUGUUGUCUCUGAUUCAACAGUGAGAGGGACUGAAGGUGCAGAAGCUCAAGUUAUUUCUAAAAGGGGUUCUUCAGAAGCUGCAGGUGCUGUAUCAAUUCAAGAGAACAUCAAGACUUUGACAAAUUCAGUGCCUUCAACUUCAAAGGCAUCAUCCCAUGAUACUGACCAAAAUCAUCUUGAAGAUAGUGACCCCAAAUUAGUUUCUGAAGAAAAGAUCAGUGAUCAUGUUGCUGUGCAUGUUGAUGGUGAUCAUGCAAAGACUCGUAAUAGCUACCUUACUUCUGCGCCUUCAUCUGAAUCUCAAACUAAGUUUCACAUGAUGGAAAGUGGAAGUAACAGUGCUGAUCUUGGCAAUCCUUCCUCUGGCUCUCCUAUUGUCAUUAGAACUUCUGAGCAGUCACAGAGUCAAAUUGAAAAAGAGGGUGUGAAAGGAUCCAAAGAUCAGAGUGCUUCAGCAUCUGGGGUCAUUAAUGGGGAAGUGAACAAAGAGCAGUCUAUUUCUCGGGAUACCAAAGGAAAUGAUAUAUCUCCAGGGGACAGAAGUUUCACCUUUGAGGUACCUCCAUUGGCAAAUUUGUCUGAAAAAGAAGCUUGCAAGAAUUGGCAACCUUUUUCUACCACACAACAUGACAAAAUAUCCUCGGUCGUGGAGGGAACUCCAUCAACCUCUGGCAUAAGCAAAAUGGAUGCCAUGCCUGCUCAAGAGGCGUGUCAUGCAAAUCUUCAGGCAUCAGAGAGGGAGAAUGUGCGUGGUGGCUCCAAAGGGACUUCUGAGCGUAAAACAAGGCGAGCAGGUGCUAAGAGCACUAGAAAGGAAGCUGCCAAAAAGGGAAGCGCUGCAAAAGAGAUGACUCUUGCAAGACAAUCGGAAAGAAGUGAUAGAACAAGUAAUGUGUCUCUCAGUUCAGCUGGAAUUGGCCACCUCGUGCAAUCCAAUGAGAUGCAGCACUAUGGACACAUGGAAGUUUUUCAUCAGCCUUUCAUAGAUUUGCAACAAGUUCAAUUACGUGCUCAGAUUUUUGUAUAUGGAGCUCUUAUACAAGGAACAGCACCUGAUGAGGCAUAUAUGAUAUCGGCAUUUGGGGGACCUGAUGGUGGAAGAACCAUAUGGGAGAAUGCCUGGCGAGCAUGUAUAGACAGGGUACAUAGUCAAAAAUCUCUUGUUAGCCCUGAAACUCCAUUACAGACACGCAUAGGUGCUAAGACUUCUGAUCAAUCAACCAAACAAAAUGCAGUUCAGAGUAAGGUUACAUCCUCACCUGCUAGUCGGUCCACCAGUAAGGUUACUCCAGCAACAAUUGUAAACCCAAUGAUCCCCCUUUCAUCACCACUGUGGAGUAUUCCUACACCUUCCGGUGAGGCUCUUCAACAUACUGGCAUUCUGAGAGGUGCUGUUAUGGAUUAUCAGCAGGCACUUUCUCCAUUGCAUCCUCCACCUACAAGGAACUUUGUUGGACAUAAUGCUCCUUGGAUGUCCCAAUCCUCUUUUCGUGGCCCUUGGGUUCCACCGACUUCUGCAUUUGAUGGCAAUGCUCGUUUUCCUGUGCUUCCUAUCACAGAAACAGUUAAUUCGACUCCUGUAAGAGAAGCAUCUGUGGCUCAUUCUUCUGGCAUGAAGCAGGUUUCCACAGUUCCUAUGGUCCAGAGUGGGAGUGCUGCUAAUAUUUUGGCAGGGGCUCCCUUGCUUGACGCUAAAAAGGCAACUGUAACACCUGGUCAGCGUUCUGGUGCCCCAAAGCCCAGAAAAAGAAAAAAGUCUACAGUUUCUGAGGACCUUGAGCAGAUUAUACUGCAUGCUCAAACAGAUUCCCUUUCCGCUACUGUUGUGACUGGUCAUGCCUCUGAACCUGCAGUCAUUGCAACUCCUGCUACCAUUGUUUCCAAGUCGUCCACUGACACAUUCAUUACAUCCGUCUCUGCUGAUCAUCUCAAAAAGGGCUACCGAGAUUCAGAUCAGAGGGCUACUCAGUCUGAGGAGACCCUUAGUAGAAUCAAGGAGGCUCAGAAGCAGGCAGAGGAUGCUGCUGCUCUUGCUGCUGCUGCUGUUAGUCACAGUCAAGAAAUAUGGAAUCAGUUUGACAAGCACAAAAAUUCUGGUUUGGCACCAGAUGUUGAAACUAAAUUGACUUCUGCAGCUGUUGCAAUAGCUGCAGCUGCUGCUGUUGCAAAGGCUGCAGCUGCAGCUGCCAAUGUUGCCUCGAAUGCUGCCUUACAAGCAAAAUUUAUGGCAGAUGAGGCAUUGGUUGUCUACAGAAAUUCUAUUCCAACUAAUACGAUUGCUUCUGAUAGUGUGAAGAAGCUUGGCAAGGCUACUCCUGCAUCCAUCUUGAGGGGUGAAGAUGCUACUACUAGUUCAAAUUCUGUUAUUGUUGCAGCAAGGGAAGCUGCUAGAAGGAGGGUAGAAGCUGCUUCAGCUGCCUCAAAGCGAGCUGAAAACAUGGAUGCCAUUGUUAAAGCUGCUGUGCUAGCAGCUGAAGCAGUAUCACAGGCUGGAAAGAUUGUUGCUUUGGGUGAGCCUUUCCCAUUGACUGAAUUGGUAGAAGCAGGCCGAGAGGCAUACUGGAAAGUACGCCAAGGAUCUCCUUUGCAUGGUGCAAUUAGAGAACACAUAGACAAAGGUGGUAGUGUGGAAGAUCCUGGUUCAUCUGCCAGGCUUCCAAAAGAGGUUCCAGAAGACAAGAGGGAAAAGCAAAGUGAUAGCCAUGGAAUGUCACCUACUCUUAGAGAGAUGGCCAGAGAAUCUAUGGAGGAUCGUUCUAGGUCGACGGAUGGCAUAUUGGGUCCUGCUGCUACGAGUGGAAAGGAUAAAAAGGGACAAAAGGGCCGCAAAGCUUCAGAUAUCACCAAAACUAAAGGAGUCACUGCUGAAUUGGAGAUUGGGUUUGGAUCACCUUCCAUGACCACUCAGACUGAACAUGAGAAAGCAGGGGAAACUUCAAAAGAUAACAAUAUAAGGGAGGGUUCCCAUGUUGAGGUAUUGAGAGAUGGAGGUAACUUGAAAGUAGCAUGGUUCUUGGCUGAUGUUCUGGAUUUGAAAGAUGGCAAAGCUUAUGUGUGUUACAAUGAACUUCGAUCUGAGGAUGGUGAUAGGCUAAAGGAAUGGGUGCAACUUGAAGGUGAAGGGGAUAGAGCGCCCAGGGUACGCAGUGCUCGUCCUAUUAAGGCCAUGCCAUUUGAAGGAACACGGAAGAGACGCAGGGCGGCCAUGGGGGAAUAUAAUUGGUCUGUUGGAGAUAGGGUUGAUGCCUGGAUGCAAGAUAGCUGGUGGGAGGGAGUUGUCACUGAGAAGAGCAAGAAAGAUGAAACAUCAUUUACUGUCCAUUUUCCUGCUCAAGGAGAAACAUCUGUUGUUAAAGCAUGGCUUCUUCGUCCUUCUCUGAUGUGGGCGAAUGGUAGUUGGGUUGAAUGGUCCAGUUCUCAGGAUAAUAAUGGCUCUACCCAUGAGGGUGACACACCACAGGAAAAGAGACCAAGGAUAGGCAGUCCUUUAGUUGAGGCCAAAGGGAAAGAUAAGCAUUCAAAAAGUGUUGGCAUUGAGGAAUCUGUGAAACCUGAUGACAUGAGAUUGCUGGACUUAUCUGCGAGUGAAAAAAUAUUUAAUAUUGGUAAAAGCACCGGAGAUGACAGUAAGCCUGAUCCACUCAGAAUGACACGAACUGGUUUAAAGAAGGAAGGAUCAAGAGUGAUUUUUGGUGUUCCUAAGCCAGGAAAGAAGAGAAAGUUUAUGGAAGUAAGCAAACAUUACGAUGUGGAUCAGAGGAGUAAGACUCAUGAAACAAGUGAUUUAUCUAAGUUUACAAAAUAUUUUAUGCCUCAAGCAUCUGAGCCCUAUGGAACAAAAAAUAAAAUUGAACCAAAGGAAAAACGAAUGGCUGUAUCAAAGCCUAAGGUUCUCAAAUCUGGAAAACCGCCUAGUGUUUCCAGUAGAACUAUUCUUCAGAAGGACAACUUAUCAAACAGUGUGUCUUCUGAACCUGCUGAUGCUGUGGCCGCAGAUGUGUCAAAAUUCAAGGAUUCUGUAAGCCAUGCUGAGAAUACAUCAGGAAAGCAUAACAUGAUGGAAUUUGGAUCAUUUUCAAGUUCUGAUGGAGCAGCAGAGGGCCCAGUCUUAUUUUCUUCUGUGGCUCUCCCGUCAGAUGCUCCUUCCAAGAAAACUUCCACAGCAAAUGCUAAAUCCAAACGUAUUAAUAAAGGGAAACUUGCACCAGGUGCUGGGAAGUUGGCUAAAAUUGAAGAAAAAGUUUUUAAUUCAUCGAAAACAGUCUCUGAAGUUGUUGAACCUCGUAGAUCUAAUCGGAGGAUUCAGCCAACAUCAAGACUAUUGGAAGGACUACAAAGCUCAUUGAUCAUCUCAAAAAUUCCUUCUGUUUCCCAUGACAAAAGUCACAAAAGUCAAAGCAGGAGUACUAGAGGAAAUAAUCAAGGUUGAGGAGGAGCAUUCUUGCAACUACGGAAUCCAGUCUAAAAGGAAUUCAGAGAUUAUUGGAUAUGACCAACAUACACCAGUGUAGCUUGUGUAAAUUAUGAUAGAGAGAGAAAGAUAGGAAUGGAAAUUGCUUCUUUGGCUUUUGAGAUAUAGCAGUAGAUAUUUAUACUGAUUUUUAGUUUCUUUUACAAUUAUAAACUGCACUCUGUAGGCCAUGCCCUUCUAGCUUGUAUAUGGACUGUCUUCAUGUAGUUUGGCUUGAUUGAUAUUUGCAGAGCACCAUUGCAAGUGAUCAGCCCAUAUAUUUUGUUGUUUAACUGCUCAAAUAGCUUAUCCAGCGUUCUCUUUCG